AUGAAUAAAAAAAGCAAGGAAAAGAACAUGGAAGAGGAGGACAUGGAAUUGAAAGAUAGAGAAAUGGGAUAAAUUAAUGAAUUUUGCAAAGAAAUAAAAAAAUUGAAUGUGAAGGAAAUACAUAAAAAGAAGAGUGAAUCAUAUAAAAAAGAGAAAGCUAAUUCUUAAAAAGCAAUCCAAAAUUAAAUAUAAAAAGUAUAUCAAAAGAUAAAUAUAUCAUUUAGAAAACAUUAAAAUUAAAAGAAAAAAAAAAGUAAUCAAUAAUGCCUGUCAAAAGAAGAAACGCCGGUAGAAGUUAAAAGAACAGAGGUCACACCAGAACUGUUCCCUGCACCAACUGUGGUAGACAAGUUGCUAAGGAUAAAGCUGUCAAGAGAUACACCGUCAGAGAUAUGGUCGAUCCCUCUUCCAAGAGAGAUAUCUAAUAGAAGUUAGCUUUCGAAAACGAAAAAUAAGGUAUUCCCAAGCUCUACGUUAAGCUCCAAUACUGUAUCUCUUGCGCUAUCCACAGCAGAGUUGUCAGAGUUAGAUGCGCUGAAGACAGAAGAAUCAGAAGACCCCCUAUUAGAAACAGAAAGCCCCAAGUUGUUAAGACUGAUGCCACCGCUCCCAAGAAAUAAUGAUUAAUUAGUAAUGUUAUAAGCAAAAAUAACUAAUGAAAAAGCAUCUAGGAAUCAGUAUAGCCACUGA